AUGUACUCAUUCAAUUUUGAUGAAAAAUUGUACAAUAACGUAUCUGAUCCGAAUCUAUUGGAUGGACCGGAAAUUAUUCUUAUACCUCCGCUGACAUCAAAGGUUAGGAUUCCAUAA